CAGGGGCCUCUCACUCCUGUCGCCCUCUGUCUGUGGUAGGGCACCCCCGGAGGAGACUGUGGAGAAGCAUUAGUGAAUUAACAGGGCAGAGGUGACCAGACCAGCAUCCCCAAGAUCACCCCCCAUCCCCUGCCUCAGCCACGAGGGCUACCCAGGAGCCCCCCAUGAAGUUCUCCCUCCCACGAGGUGCCUCACGGGCCCUGCCCUGGGUGGUCCCUGUAAACUUAUGCCAGGGCGGGCGAUGCGUCUCAGGCUCUACUGAGAAUGCCUGCUGGGACUCCCCUGCAGGGGCGGGGCCCCUGUACCCACACCCAGGCAGUAUUGGGGAGGCUGGGUCUCCCAGCUGCGUCGCUGUCGCUGUGGCCCAACCUCUCAUGGCUGAGGGAGGGCUCUGAGGCCCGAAGGAGGGAAGUCACUUCACCUGGAAGUUGUAGUCUCAGGGCCGGGGCCAGAACCCAGGCAGGGGGGACCUGGAUGCUGCCCUGUCCUGUGUACGCCUUGCUGCCCCCAGGCCACCUCAGGUGAGCUCAGGUGCGCAGGGGCAGGCUGCGUGGGCUGGGGGCCCCGCCCUGGCCCCCACCCCUGAGGCGGGCUCCCCCGGGGCUGGCUUGGGGCAGAGCGGGCGGAGCGGGGGAAGCCCCCGGGCUGGCGCACGCCUGUCAUCCGAGGGCCCAGCAAGGCGCCAGGAGCCAUGGAGUUGCGGCUGGGGGGCUGCACGGCAGCGGUGGCUGCGGUGAGUGGGAGCACGGUGGAGGGGGGCGGGCAGCCUGGAGCCUGACCUCAGGCCUGGGUCGCUGCGCUAAGAAUGAUGGGGCCCCACUUCGUGGGGAAGUGUGCCAGCACCACCACCAACCCCUCUCCACUUAGAGACUCCGCUAGUUAGAGCCUCAGCCGGGCGGGGCCCUUCCGCUGAGAGGAAACCCCCGCCCCGGGGGCCAGAAGGGUCUAGGGGCCCCAGGCAGAGAAGGAUCCGGGUCCUCCACCUUACACAAACCAGGAGUGGGGACGGGGCCCCCCGGUGCCUGCCCUGGUGCCCUGGCAGAGGGAAACGUGUGGGGGGAGCCGGCUGGAGACCUCGCUCUGCCUCUCCCGAGCCUGCUCUGUGCACGGGGGGAGGGAAGCUCAUCUUACCCCACAUCCAUGGCACCUCCCGCCCAAGAACCUGAGAAGAGGGCCUCUCUGAGGGCAAACGCGGUGGGGGGCUCGGAAGGGGGGGAGGCCGGGGAGGGCCCGCAUGGCCAGCCCUGUCACAACCAACAGCCACCUGUCUUCCAGGUCCUGCUCCUUGCGCUGCUGGGCGCCCAGGGCCAGGGCGGCACACCCAGUCCAAAGUGUGACUGUGCCUCCAACUUCCAGAAGAGGAGUGGUCUGUUCUGUUGCAAGGGCUGUCCAGCCGGGCACUACCUGAAGGCCCCCUGCCCAAAGCCUUGCGGUGCCUCCACCUGCCUCCCGUGCCCCCACGGCACUUUCCUGGCCCGGGAGAACCACCAUGAGACCCGCUGUACCCGCUGCCAGGCCUGUGAUGAAGAGGUUUCCCAGGUGGCCCUGACGAACUGUUCAGCAGUGGCAGAUGCCCACUGUGGCUGUGACCCGGGCUGGUUCCCCGAGUGCUUGGUCAAGUCCUGCAGGGACGGCUCCCCCUUCCGCUGCCACCCAUGCUCAGACUGCAGGGCCCUGCACCGCCACACACGGGUGCCCUGUUCCGUCAGAGACACCGACUGUGGGACCUGCCUGCCUGGCUUCUAUGAAUAUGGCAACAGCUGUGUGUCCUGCCCCACGAGCACCCUUGGGAGCUGUCCUGAGCCCUGUGUGACUGUCUGUGGCUGGAGGCAGAUGUUCUGGGUGCAGGUGCUCCUGGCUGGCCUGGUGGUCCCGCUCCUGCUUGGUGCCACCCUGACCUACACAUACCACCGCUGCCAGCCUUGCAAGCCCACGGUUCCUAAUGAAGCUGGGUUGGAGGCCCUGACUCCCCUGCAGGCCACCCACCUCUCACCCAGGGACAGCACCCUUCUAGCUCCAGCCAGCAGUAUCGAGAAGGUCCGUGCCACGCAUUUGGUAGGCAAUGGCUGGGCCCUUGGCUCCCCUCAGAUCCAGGAGGCGCCCUGCGCGGAGGUGACGUGGUCCUGGGACCAGCUGCGCAGCAGAGCCCUCGACCCGCCGCCGCCCAUGCCCACGCCUUCGCCAGCGCCCCCUGCAGGCUCCGCGGCAGCCACGCUCCAGCCGGGCCCGCAGCUCUACGACGUGAUGGACGCGGUACCCGCGCGACGCUGGAAGGAGUUCGUGCGCACACUGGGGCUGCGCGAAGCGGAGAUCGAGGCCGUGGAGGUGGAGGUCGGCCGCUUCCGCGACCAGCAGUACGAGAUGCUCAAGCGCUGGCGUCAGCAACAGCCCGCCGGCUUGGGCGCCGUCUAUGCGGCGCUGGAGCGCAUGGGGCUGGACGGCUGCGCCGAGGACCUGCGCAGCCGCCUGCAGCGCGGCCCGUGACGCGGGGGCCGGGAGGGGGUGGGGGGGAGGCCCACACCGGGCGCCUCUGGGCUCUGGCGGCCCUUGCAGAAGCCCUAAGUACGGUUACUUAUGCGUGUAGACAUCUUAUGUCACUUAAGCUCCUGGCACGGCCCUGCGUAGCAGCGCCAGCCGCCCUCCCUGCCGCGCGCCCCCUGGGGUUCUGGUUGAGGCCAAGCGGCAUCGACGGAUAUCGGGAGGGGGCAGGAGAUGGCUCAGCAGUGUCUCGGCCCGACUUUGGCCGAGGCCUGGGUAUUAAAUCUGUGAAGAAAAGCUACUGCUUGGUGCUUCCGAGGGGCUGUGGUGUUAAGUGGCCCCGGCUUCGUUUCCUGGGGGGCGUCGUCGAAAGGCCCGGAAGUCCUAGCGCCCCAGGGUCGGGGACCCACGGUGGAACCCAGUGUGGCCCCUGGCGCCCAGGCCGCCCCCGCGCCCCGCUCCCGCCCGGCCGUGGCCUAGUUACCCGACGGAGAGAGGAAGUCGUGGCGACAGCGCGAGAGAGUGCACGUCAGCCGCGGCGGCUGAGAGAGCUUUAAUG